AUUGAGUGUCGAGCUGCAAAACCUCAAAUGGCAGAUUAUCAUCAUUUAAGAGCGCCUGGACACCGGAAAAGGCGAUUUCCUGAGCACUGGGAGUUGGAGACUAUCCCCCCGGUCCUUCUUAAACAUCUUUGGAGGGGCCUCCCAAGGAACAAAACCAGUUGGACUUGGAGGAGGACGUGCUUUAGCCUUUGUCAGGUCUGCGCGGGGCGGCAAUUGGCGGCGGAGCGUCACGUGACCAUCGGGGCGUGCCAAUGUGCGCCCUCACGGGUGUCAAGCCCCUGUCAGAGUGUGCGAUCAAGAUCUUGAAACAACGCAAUGCAAAAAGCGACCUACUACGACAGCUCGGCGAUCUACGGUGGCUACCCCUACCAGGCAGCCAACGGGUUCGCUUAUAAUGCCAGUCAGCAGCCGUACCCAGCGUCCGCGGCAUUGGGCGCCGACGGUGGCGAGUACCACCGACCAGCUUGCUCACUCCAGUCUCCUGCUAGUGGUGGGGGCCACCCCAAAGCACACGAGCUAAACGAAGCGUGUCUACGUACCCUGAGUGGCCCUCCCAGCCAACCCCCAGGCCUGGGGGAGCCUCCCCUGGCACCCCCCCAGCCCCAGGCUGCGCCCCCCGCCCCACAGCAGCCUCAACCACCACCACAGCCCUCGGCGCCCACUCCUGCGGUGCCUCCACCCCCCUCCUCAGUCUCCCCACCUCAGAAUGCCAGCGGUAACCCUGCCCCUGCCAGCACAGCCAAGAGUCCCCUGCUCAAUUCGCCUACUGUGGCCAAACAAAUCUUCCCUUGGAUGAAAGAGUCUCGGCAAAACACAAAGCAGAAAACCAGCGGCUCCAGCUCAGGGGAGAGCUGCGCCGGCGACAAGAGCCCGCCUGGGCAGGCGUCGUCCAAGAGGGCGCGCACGGCCUACACGAGCGCGCAGCUGGUGGAACUGGAGAAGGAAUUCCACUUCAACCGCUACCUGUGCCGACCGCGCCGGGUGGAGAUGGCCAACCUGCUGAACCUCACGGAGCGCCAGAUCAAGAUCUGGUUCCAGAAUCGCCGAAUGAAGUACAAGAAGGAUCAGAAGGGCAAGGGCAUGCUGACAUCGUCAGGGGGUCAGUCCCCAAGUCGCAGCCCCGUACCUCCCGGUGCGGGCGGCUAUCUGAACUCUAUGCAUUCGCUAGUUAACAGCGUCCCAUACGAGCCCCAGUCGCCCCCGCCUUUCUCUAAACCUCCCCAGGGCGCCUACGGACUGCCCCCCGCCUCUUAUCCCGCACCCCUGCCUAGCUGCGCGCCCCCGCCACCUCCACAGAAGCGCUACACCGCGGCUGGGACGGGCGCUGGGGGCACACCCGACUACGACCCGCACGCGCAUGGCCUGCAGGGCAACGGCAGCUAUGGGACCCCACACUUACAGGGAAGCCCCGUCUUCGUGGGGGGCAGCUAUGUGGAGCCCAUGAGCAACUCUGGGCCGACCCUUUUUGGCCUAACUCACCUCCCCCACGCGGCCUCAGCAGCCAUGGACUAUGGGGGGGCUGGGCCGUUGGGCAGCGGCCACCAUCAUGGGCCCGGGCCAGGGGAACCACACCCUACCUAUACGGACCUUACUGCCCACCAUCCUUCUCAGGGAAGAAUUCAGGAAGCCCCCAAGCUCACCCACCUGUGAUAAUUGGCUGGGGCUGCUCACCAGGAGAGUCCCUCCUCCCCCUCCUUCCUUUGCUUUUUCUGUUUUGUUUUGUUUAAGGUUCUUUCUGCCCC